AUGAGGUCCAUCAUCGUCAGUUCCAUGUUGCUCGGCUUCAGCGCGGCGGUCCCUCAUCUUCACCCGAGAGCUGCCAAGUAUGAGGGCUAUCACGUCUUCAGAGUCGAGACUGGUGACAAGUUGACGGAGGUGUCCAAGAAGUUGGCAGGUCUUGACUAUGAGCAAUGGAACCAUGACUCAGCCCGUCAUAUCGAUUUCUCGAUGUCUCGGGAAGAGGCGAAGAAGUUCAAAGAGCUUGGCAUCGACUUCAAGGAGAUGCAUAGUGACCUUGGUGAAGACAUUGCUCAGGAAGGAAAUUGGGGUCCCUGGAAAGGCAAGAACAAGCCUGACGGAUUGCCGGACCUGUCCUGGUACGAGACGUAUCAUGACUUUGACGAUCACCUCGAGUACCUCAAUGAGCUUGCCAGCGCUUUACCGAAUAAUUCGGAGAUCUUCAGCGCCGGCAAGUCUGUUGAGGGUCGGGACCAGACUGGCAUUCAUUUCUGGGGAAAGGACGGUCCUGGUAAGAAGCCUGCUGUCCUGUGGCAUGGAACAGUCCACGCUCGGGAGUGGAUUACAACGAUGACUGUUGAAUACCUGUCUUACCAACUUAUUGCUGGUUAUGGAAAAGAUGAUGCCCUGACCAGGUUCGUUGAUGAGUACGACUUCUAUGUCAUCCCAAUCAUUAACCCAGAUGGUUUCGUGUAUACCCAAACCACCGAACGCCUGUGGCGCAAGAGUCGAUCUCCACCUCCACCCGGAGGCAAUCAGUCGGCGCCUUGCUGGGGCAUCGAUUUGAACAGGAAUUGGGCAAAUCAGUGGGACACCAAUCCUGAAGGCUCCUCCCCUGACCCAUGCACCCAAACGUAUCGCGGCGAAAGUCCCGGAUCGGCAGUCGAACAAGCCGGCAUGGCAGGUUUUGCGGAUUUGCUCGGCCAAAAGCAAGGUAUCAAGCUCUAUCUUGAUUUUCACAGUUAUUCGCAACUUAUUCUCUCUCCUUGGGGCUACACGUGUGACGAGUACCCCCCAACAAGUCAGGAGCAUGUUGACUUGAUGGGAGCGACCGCCGAGGCAAUCGAGUCUGUGUAUGGCACGAAUUACACCUUUGGGCCGACGUGUGAGACUAUCUAUGCGACGAACGGGGGCUCGGCCGAUUACUUGUUUGAUAUUGUCGGCGCUACGUGGUCUAUGGCUUUCGAGCUUCGGGAUACUGGAGAGUUCGGUUUCGUACUGCCUCCUGAGCAGAUUGUGCCAAACUGCGAGGAAGUCUGGGAGGGCAUGCAGGUGAUGCUGGAGAAAAUGUGA